CACAAACACACACUCAGACAUACUGCAAACUCUCCACAGGAAACUCUGAGCCAUAAUGCGAAGGCACCUCAGAGCAGACGGGUGCAUCGCUCAAACCAAGUGGGAUACGGCGCGGCUUUGAUAGUGCGUUAAUUACUCAUGUGAUGUGAUACAGAUGUCUGGGGGCUUCAGCCGAAAGUUUGCCUGACGGUUUCCAAGGGGGCCAGGCAGACAUUUUAGAAGAGCGGUACACUGGGACAGUCUUUCAAUCAGCGAAAUCAAAGCGCCGAAUGUGUUCCAUAAUGGGCACCCCAGCUGCGCAUAUGUUGGUGCUAAUGGCCUGUAUGGCAGCCAGAGGAAUGUGCCAGAUAAACAGAGCCGAAGCAGAGGAGCACUCUGUCCCAGGCCUCCUCGUCCACUCCACCCUCCAGCCUCCAGGUUUCUACAGCACCGUCGGUCCCAGUAUGGGGCCUGGCCUCCACCUGGCGAGCCCAGGUCCACAAGCUGUGGGAUAUCCAAAUGCCAGUGUUGUAAAGAGGCCAGUCCCGCCUCCGAUGUGCACUGUAACUACCUCCAUCAAGACCUAUUUUAAGUACAUCAACACCAUAAUUUCCACUUUAGUGUUUGUGGUCGGUCUGGUCGGCAACGCCACCCUGCUGAGGAUCAUAUACCACCACAAGUGCAUGAGGAACGGGCCAAACGCCCUCAUUGCCAGUCUGGCUCUGGGGGACCUUAUCUACAUCAUCAUUGAUAUACCCAUCAAUGUAUACAAGCUCCUGGCGUCACGCUGGCCCUUUGACGACAGUGCAGUUGGCCUCUGUCUGUGCAAGCUGGUGCCCUUCCUGCAGAAAGCCUCUGUGGGCAUCACUGUUCUGAACCUGUGCGCCCUCAGCGUGGACAGGUACAGAGCCGUAGCAUCCUGGAGCAGAGUUCAGGGAGUGGGCAUCCCUCCGCUGACCGUCAUUGAGAUCUUGUCUAUCUGGAUGCUGUCGCUCCUCCUGGCGGUACCGGAGGCCAUCGGUUUCGACAUGGUCAGCUUCAACUACAGGAACGAAACCUUCCGCACCUGCAUGCUUUACCCCAAGAAUAGCUUCAUGCUGUUCUACAGGGAUGCAAAGGACUGGUGGCUGUUUGGCUUCUACUUUGUCGUGCCGCUGGCCUGCACAGCCUUCUUCUACACCCUGAUGACCUGCGAGAUGCUCAGUCACAGGAAUGGCAGCCUUCGGAUUGCCCUCAGCGAGCACCUCAAGCAGAGGAGGGAGGUGGCCAAAGCCGUCUUCUGCCUCGUCCUCAUCUUUGCCCUCUGCUGGUUCCCGCUGCACCUCAGCCGGAUCCUGAAGCGGACGGUGUACUCCCAGAAUGAUAGCAUGCGCUGUGAGCUGCUCAACUUCCUGUUGGUCCUGGACUAUCUUAGCAUCAACCUUGCAACAAUCAACUCCUGCAUAAACCCCAUUAUCCUCUACUUUGUCAGCAAGAAGUUUAAAAACUGCUUCAAGUCGUGUCUGUGCUGCUGGUGUUACUCUAGCAGCCAGCUGAGCAGCAUCGGGCCCAUGAAUGGCACCAGCAUCCAGUGUAAAAGCCCCGAGCCCAACAACCUCCACACCGACCGCAGCGUCAGGAAAUACAGCGACUGAUCUCCGGCCGGAGGAAUAUUUUCACGCCCUUCCAUAUACCCAGCAGCUUUUAAACCGCAACCAUCGCUCAGCCUGACACGUACACAUCACAAAGUACUUUUACAGUAAAAUGCACACACUCGAGACCACUGAAGCAACAUAUGAGCCUGGCGGAGAUGGAUCAGGAACUGGAGCUAAAAGGAGCAAACAAUGGAUUUGGAUUUGGUGUGCAGCGCUCUGAAGUUCCUCUCAGCGGGUGAAACUUCCUAAAACAAACUUCUUGUAUUCCCACACCCACGGACAGUGACGCUGAAGCGUGAGAGAAGAAGGGGGAGAGCUGGAGGAGGAGGAGGAGGAGGAGGACUUUAACAGGAUGCAGCUGAACAGUGACUAUGAAUUACUCUCAAUCAGUAGCCGAGCGUGCUAUUCCUGUAAAGGGCAACACUACUGGGAAGGAUGCACAAAGCUACAGGAAGGAGAAAGCAGGCUGCGUGCUGUCAGAGGGAAUGAUGGGAGAUGAGUGUACGCCGUCCCCAGGAGUUCACAACUCACUGACGGUGGAAAACAGGAAAGCACGUUACCGACUCGAGCAACAACUCAUUUCCCGUUAAACAUGCGGGAGGCUGCACAGUGUAUUUUACUCACACUCAUUAUACGUUGAGCUGCUUUCUGAUAUAAUUAGAAAGAAUGUUUUGAAGUUCAUUUGCUUCAUGUUUGACCGCUUGACAAUAACUUUUCUGUAAUUCAUCGGGAUGAGGGGGAAAAUAGGACCAUUUCUGCUUCAAAUAUGAAAGAUUUCACAACAGAAUCACAUCCAGUGCCAGGUUUUAGAGCCGAUACGGUGUUUUCAUAGCAUGUGUCAAGCAAACGAUAAAUAUGAAGUAAAGCAUUUUACAGGUCUGAUAUCACCACAGACCAAAGAUGGACAGGAACAAGCUUUUUUUCUAAACACUGUGAAUUUUACCAAAUAUAACCAACAAUUAUUGUGACUUUUAUGCUUGUAUAACCUAUAGAAUAUAUACGUAUAUAUGUAUACAUGUACAUACUUCCCACUUUUAUAAAGUGCUAUACUGCAGUAACAAUAAGUAUUUUACUCGGACUACAUUACCUGUGUAAUGACAGAGGCAAAUGAGUUUUUAAUGGUGGUUCCAACUGAAGGAAUAGUUUGACAUUUUGACAUUUUCGCUCAUGAGAAGACUGAUACCACUCUCAUGUCUUUAUGAUUAAUAUUUAGCCACAGCCAGAGAUGAUUAGCUUAUCUUAAAGACUGAAAACAGCUAAUUGUCUUUAUCUGAAGGUGACAGAAUCCACCUGUCAGCAACUCUGAAACUCACUAAUUAACAUGUUAUAUGUUGUUUGUUUAAUCCAUAAGAAAAACAGAUUGUUAAAGUGACAAUUUGUGGUUUGUGGUGGUUGCUACAGCCACCAGCUAACAGGCUAUGGGAAAACUGGCCAAAAUCAUAAAAUAUAGCACAUUAAUUCUUGACUUUAGAGGUGCUGGCAGGCGGAUUUUCUUACCUUUAGACAGAGCCGAGCUAGCUGUGUCCAGUCUUAAUGCUAUGCUAUGCUAACUAGCUGCUGGCUGUUGCUUUAUAUUUAACAGACACUAGAGAGGUAUUGAUUCGAGCAAAACUAUUCAAACUAUUCUUUUUCUGUGGAAAUCAUAUUCAGCUACCAAACGACUACACUUCCUUAUGCUAUUUGAUACCUGAGUGUGUUUGAAUGUGUGUAAGCAUGUGUGUGUGUGUGUGUGUGUGCUGUGUGCACAAUGACUUGCACUUCUUCAGCUGGAGUGUUUUGCACACUUGUGUACAGAAAACAGGCGACGUCUGCACAGUAUCAUUUUACCACUAUUCACAAAGGUGAGUCAUAAUAUUCUGUAAGAAAACGGAAAUCAUGUGUUUGCUGCCAUUGAUGUAACACGUUAACGUCACGUUAACGCCGCCGCUUCCACCAAUAAAUCGAUUUCCUUCUUCA